GCCUGAUGGCAUUCUUCCCAUUUCACCUUUACAACAACCAAAUCCCCCACCAAUUUUUCGCAAGCACAGCAUAACCCGGAUCACACUCAUCCUACGAUUCGCCCUCUUCAAAAACACUACACCAACUCAUCAGAGGCCUUUGCAGGUCGGCUUUUAUUGCACGCGUCGGGCUGCUGGGCUCCCCGCCCUCCUACGACCGACUUCCCCUCUGUACAUCCUCACCACAUCAUGAAUUCGUCCACCGUCCAAAAACCCCGAGCUACCUCAUUAGAGGGGAAGGCAAAGGGCUCCUUGACCAAGUCACCUAUACCUCAAAGUCAAGAGCUGGUGCCUUCUGCCUCAACUACACCGACAAAACCGGAUCUUAUCACCGCUUUCAAAUCAGACCUCACAAAUAUAAAAAAUCUGGUUACUUGUUCCAUAUGCGAUCAAUUACUCUACGAGCCAUGGACUUUAUCCUGCGGACAUACUUACUGUUAUUCUGUCAGUAGCAUCAUCUCUCUACUUUUACAAACCAGGCUAACCAUCCGUCAGUGCUUGUGUAGUUGGUUCGUGCCAAAUAAGCGCAAGAAGACUUGCCCCGAAUGUCGGACCAGAAUCAAGCAAAUUCCAGCUCCUUCUUUUCUGGUGAGAAUAUUGCCUUCCUUACAAUCUUUCUACAACAGCUAAUCUGGGGAAUUCAGGUUAAACAACUAGUCGAGAUAUUCAUAAAACGAGAGGAACUUAUGCCAUUGGACGAAACAAAUGAGCAGCACGCAAAACGACGAGCCAAAGAAGUCGCAGAGGUGGAACAAGACAAGAGUAACCCAGCAGGUCUUUUCAAAGGCACAUUCUCGAACCCCCUAGGAGAGCUAUACAGAGAUGAUGCAGAUGGCGGAGUCAUGAGAUGCCGGAAUUGUAACGCUGAGCAUGAAGGAGGCCCAGCAUGUCAAUAUUGUGGCACCGAGUUAGAUGAUGAGGGGUAUGAAUUCAGCGACGAGGAUGUGGACUUUUACGAUGGCGCCGACCUGGAUGAACUGGAUUCUCUCGAUUUGGAAAAUGAAAUCCAUGCCGAUCUUGCAGCGGUCCAUGGUCAAGGAUUUGCAUGGACGGGAUUCGUUCAUCCUUACGUCGAUAGACACGCUCGUCACGACGACGAGACAGAGUCAUCACUAACAUCGGAUGAAGAUGAAGAUGGUGGUUCGCUAGAUGGCUUCAUUACUAACGAUGACGAUGAAGAGGAGGAGCAGGAAGAUGACGAAGAACCAGUUCGAGCAGCUGUUCGGCGGUCAAAUCACAGAUCACACCAACAAGCAAAUGUGAUCGAGAUAUCAGAUGAUGAAGAUGACGAUUCCGAUGAGGGUGGUAUAGUGUCAAAUCGCGUUGCCAGAAACCGACCAAUAGUUCUAGGAAGCUCUAGUCCUGCAGGCCCCUCUGUUGUUUCUGUUGUCGAUACCGAUACAACUGACUCGGACGGCGGGGAAACGAAUAGUGAGAUGCUUCGACGCUCGGGUUGGAGUCCAUUAGAUCAGGGUACUGACAGCGACGCCGACGAACAUCAAUUCCAAUUCCGUGCUGGAUACGAGUUUAACGAAGACGAACCGGACUCUGAAGAUAAUAGUGAUACGGAGACAAUGGUUGGCAACGGAGCUUCUGAUGACGAAGAAGAUGACCGAUCCCGCAGCAGCAUAUCAGAAACACCAACUAUGUAUGCCGGCUACCAAUCAUACAUGCCAAACGAGAACCUCAUUCAUAAUUACUCAAACUCGAGCGCAAGCGAGGAUGCGGACGAUGAUGAUUCUAUAGCAGGAUUUUCAAGUGUUUGUGACCAGGACGGCGAUACCGAAAUGAGUGUAUCUCCAAGAGCAAGUCGGAGUGUUAGUAUUUCACAUGAGCACAGUGUAUCAAUCGGCGACUCUGAGGACGAAGAACCAAGAACAAGCCGAAGCAUGAGUCGCACUACAGAUCAAAGUGGCUAUAGUAUGCAAGAACUCGGUGCUGCCAAUGAGAUUCAUGAUAUUGAGGACGACUCUGACAGCCCUAUUCGGCCUCCCCCACGUCGACUUCCAAGACGCCGCAACCCAAAUGCACGAGAGUACGAUCCACGGAUUAGCAUGAUAUUUGCCGAGCACCAGCAAACUAUAAGGAGCGAGCGAGGCCAGGAACCCGGUGGACUAGAUGAAUUGGAUAAUGAAGUUCGCAGAAUUGAGCCAGCUUCAAGAUCAAGACGUAUGACAGCCUAUAGACAGCAGCCACAACGUCGAUUUGAUCCACUCAGAGCAUCUCGUUCUCCAUCAGCAACCCGUGUUGUUGCAUCUUCCAGCAGAACUUCCAGGCCUCCUCGAAAUUAUCAAUAUGGCAGAGCAAAUUCGUAAUUUGCCAAGCUUGGGCGGAGGAAAGAAAGUUUUAAUCUUGUUUAAUGUAUACAUGCGUGGCGUUUUGGGGUCUCGGCUCCACUCGGAGGAAAAAUUGUUAUGUACUUGAGCGUUCAAGGAGGGAAGAAUACCUGGCUACAAUCUGUCUGUAUUCUUGGGACCUGGCGUUCUUUGCGCAUGUAUCCAUACUAGUAGGAUCAGGAAGGGGGCUCGAGUCUAGCCUCAAUGAAUAACGUUGCCUUUACUAAACUUGAU